AUGGCGCCGUCUCCUCGCGUGAACCGCCCGGGUUCCGAUGUCUCCGGCUCGGUGUUGCAGGUUUCCCGGGGACUCGGAGUCCGAAUGGGACUACGAGUGAUUUUAGUUUUUGUGAGCAUGUUCCUAUUGUCAGACUUUCCAUCAUGUCCCGGAUGCGUCCGAGCCUUGGCUGACGAACCAACGGACCCAGCCUGUGUGAUUGCCGGGGCUGUGACCAAGUGCACUUGCACAAGCAAGGAGGUGACUAACAAGGAUCUCACAGCAACCCUGUCUCAAGAGAAAAACGUCCUUGAAAUUGCUUGCAAAAAAGAUCAGCUGAAAUGCGCUCCCGAUGGCCUGGAGAGCAACGAGGUCUGCCCUUCAACUACACCCAGCCUAAAGGAUUGCAAAAAUGAAAAGCAAGAUAGCCCCCCUGCGCCAUUCAACAUCAACACGCUUCUCAGUGGUUCCUCACCAAGCGUAUCCUGGCAGCCCUGUGCUGACGGUGUCCCACCGUGCACCACUAAGCAGCUGACGAUCCCUCCUGAAAACUUUCCCUUUGUCGACCAAAAGUUCAUGGUCGGUUGCGUCGAAGCAGAGACAACAGAUACAAUGAAGGUGACAGUGACGCUGGAAGCGAGGCCGAGUGAGACGGAAGACCAAACUGUCAAUUGUGCUUACGGAGUGAAUAGCAAUAAAGCCCACCAAACGGUCACACUGACUCCGGAGAAGAACAGCUUCACUCUGGCGUGUGGCGACCAGGGAGACAUUCUGCCGACAAAUUACAAAGAGGAGUACUGCAUGAGUGAAACCGGGACGGAAGCAUCCAAGUCCUGCACUGGGGCGUACGAAGGUAUUUUCACGAAUUAUGAAACGACCUGGUGGACGACAGAGUCAGACGCCAACGCGUACAAGUUCACGAUUCCAGAUGGGCAGUUCCCGGCAGAGGAACAGAAGAUUACGGUUGGCUGUCAGAGAACGACGUCCGCUGAGCCCGGAAAGCAGAGCACGAAAACCGAUGAAAAGGAUUCGAGUGUGUGUAGCGUUGAUGUGACGAUUGUGGGAUCGGCCGCUUCACCCGUGAAAUUGACAAGUGGGAUGGCUGUUGUGUGGCUUUCUUUCACGGUUAUUGUCUCCUCAUCUCUUUUGUAG